AUAAGUUAUUUAAGCUUAUACUAUAUCUAAGCAAUUGAUUUUAGAUCCAUUGACGAUGAGUGAAGAAGACCUCGUACCACUGUCACCGAUCAGUUUCCUGGAACAUGCGGCCAAUUCCUAUGGUGAUGAGAUCUCCAUCAUCUACGAUCAUAAUGUUAGAUUUUGUUGGAGACAAACCCAUCAAAGAUGCCUAAAGCUUGCUUCUGCUUUGGUUAACUUAGGGAUUUCUCACAACGAUACUGUUGCAGCUUUGGCUCCAAAUAUUCCAGCACUGUACGAGCUUCAUUUUGGUGUUCCAAUGGCAGGAGCUGUUUUUUCUGCGCUCAAUACUCAAUUGGAUACAACAUCAUUGGCACUAAUAUUGGAACAAUUAGAGCCAUGCAAAAUCAUGUUUGUGGACUACCACUUAAUUGAUUCUGCCCUCAAAGCGUCUGAAAUAAUGUCCCACAGAAAAUGCAAGCCACCCCUCAUUGUCCUAAUACCAGAAUAUGACCAAGAAUCAUCUUUCUUAGUGAAGGAUAUCCCAAAAGGUAUCUUAAACUACGACGAAGUUCUUGCAAUGGGACAAAAAGAUUUUGAGGCUUUAAAACCAAGCAAUGAAUGCAAUCCCAUAUCAGUGAACUACACAUCAGGCUCCACAGGGAGUCUUCCUAAAGGAGUUGUGUAUAGUCAUAGAGGUGCCUAUCUCAAUUCACUAGGAAACAUUUCUCGUUUUGAGAUGAAACAAAUGCCAGUGUUCCUAUGGACAGUUGACAUGUUUCGUUGCAAUGGAUGGUGCUUCACUUGGGCAAUUUCUGCUCUUGGUGGCACCAAUAUUUGCCUAAGGAGUGUCUCAGCAAAAGGGAUAUAUGAUGCAAUUCACCUUCAUAGGGUGACUCAUUUUUGUGGUUCACCUACCCUUUUGGACAUGAUUGCUGAUGCACCGCCUAGUGAUCAUAGGCCUCUGCCACAUAGGGUGAGUGUCACAGUUGCUGGUGUGCUACCACCGUUUCAUGUUCUUAACAAGGUGUCACAACUUGGAUUUGAUGUGAACAUUGGAUAUGGCAUGACAGAGACUUUAGGUCCGUUCAUUGUAAGACCAUGGAAAGCCAAUUCAGAUGGUGAAUGUACAAAGUUGAAUUUUGUUGUCUCAGAUGUUGUUGAUGUGAAGGAUCCAGAGAGUAAUGAAAGUACUCCUCAUGAUGGGAAAACCAUCGGUGAAAUUAUGUUCAAAGGGGAUGCUUUGAUGCUGGGUUACCUUAAGAAUUCACAUGCAACUGAAAAGGCUUUUAGAGGUGGUUGGUAUAGGACUGGUGACCUUGGUGUUAGACAAACCAAUGGUUCUAUAACAGUGAAGGACAGAGCAAAGGAUAUUAUCUAUUCUAAGGGAGAGGCUGUGAGCUCACUAGAGGUGGAAGCAGUGUUAUUGAAUCAUCCAAAGGUUUUGAAAGUUGCUGUUGUGGGGAAGUGUGAUCAGUGCUUGGUGGAAUCACCAUGUGCUAUUGUGAAAUUGAGGGAUGGAUGUAGUGCUAGUGUUGAAGAUAUCACCAAGUUCUGUGAAGAUCAUUUGGCUACUCACAUGGUUCCUAGGAGUGUGGUAUUUGGAGAUUUGCCUGUUAAUUCAACUGGGAAGGUUCAGAAAUUUCGUAUCAGGGAGAAGAUAAAAAACAAUGAGUGGUGUGACUCAAUGAAUUAGGGUGUGCUUUGUAGGAUUAUGAAUAGAGGCAAAUGAAAAUUGACUAAUGUAAUAAUCUUGAACUCAUUUGUUGCUUUGAACUACGUUGCAAAUUUUCUUUCUAAUAAAUCUUUAGGAGUU